GUGUGUAUCAGUUUUCUGUCGUUCCACUAUUCACAAUUAUGCAUUGUACCUUACGGUGUUUGUGUUCUCAGAAAACACUACUGAAUGCUUUAGGUGUUUAAUGAGGUGCAUGGAUUGCCUUGUACCAGUUCAGCGAGGUUUGUGUUUUUCAUUAGCGUGACGCCACAGCCAUAUCCGGUUCACGAAGCAUUUUGAUACAGGCGUGAAAUUACAUGUUUUCGUUCAUUGUUAGGUCUGACUCGCAGGGCGAUCAUUCGUUUACCACUUAGUAUUUUUUUUUCCAUUUCCUUGAUGGGGCGGCUUGUGGUUGAAUACACACUCCUCACUUAACGACCUACCUGUUUAAUAAUCGCCCAGACUUCUUUCACAUAUGUUAUUCGUUGGACUUUUCAUCCAUCCAUUUGUAGACUUCUGCAGUAAAGCAAUGAUAUGGUAAAGGUCAGUUAAAAAAUACGAUAAGUACAAACUAAAAUGAGACAGGUGGCUUAAGAUUUUAAACGUCACAUUUUCACGUUUUAUCUGGUUUGCCUAAAUAACGUAAUAGCCUACAAGCUGAAUGAUUUCAAAGUAUUAAAUUGAUUACUAAUAAAUCGCUGCUAACCCAUGCGCAAAGCAGAUCUAAUGUAAACUAAAAGACAAGUGGCCUCUAGUGGCGAAUAAGUGAUAUAUAAAGAGUCGCAGCCGGUGGGUUACAAUUGAAACCAUGUGACUAACAUCGGUUUAAACUCUGAAUUGCAGAUUUGAAGAAUGAAGUGUUAUCAGUGACCGCGACAUCCUCCCAGAAUCGCAUCGUUUCACACGUAAGUGUCGAACCCCUGCCAUGUUCUCCCGGCAGCUCACAAUAUGAAGCGUGGUGUUUCUGGGGGCUAUAUCCGCAGGUCUGGCUGGGAGGCGGGUCUUUCUUCCGGAGGAGGAGCCGGAAAACAGGAUUAUCGGGGGCCAGGAAGCAAAGCCUCACUCAUGGCCGUGGGAAGCGUGCCUGUACUAUUCCAACAUGUUAGCUUGUGGGGGAGCUAUUCUUGCCCCUGGCUGGGUCAUCAGUUCUGCUCAUUGCUUCCAAAUGCACCGCAGCCCACGACUUUGGGAAGUAAUGGCUGGUAAGCAUGACCUGACCAACAGCCAGGAGGAGUGUCAGCAGGUGUCCCGCAUCUCCAAAAUUGUCACCCAUGAGUAUUACAGUGAGAUCACAAAGGCCAACGAUGUGGCCCUCGUCAAGCUGAAGGUUCCCCUGACUUUCACGAACUGUGUCGUCCCCAUCGAUGUAACACAGCAGCCCCCAGAGCCCUCGAAGACCUGUACUGUGACUGGCUGGGGGUCAACAACAGAAUCUGGGCCUCAUGCAGAGAUGCUUCAGGAGGUUAAUGUGACUGUGAUGAGCCGAAGUGAAUGUGCCCAGUAUUACCCAGGUGAAGUGGAUUCCAGCAUGAUGUGUGCUGGAAAACCACAGGGUGGAGCGGAUGCCUGCCAGGGGGACUCUGGUGGGCCGCUGUCCUGUUUCUGCGGCGAUAGGUAUGAGCUUGUGGGUGUGGUCAGCUGGGGUGUGGGGUGUGGCCGACCCAAGAAGCCUGGCGUGUACACAAACCUCACCAGAUACGUAAAGUGGAUAAACUCCGUUAUGGAAGAUGACGCAUUGCAGAUCCGAAGUAACACAAUAAAAACACACGCAGAAUCCUUGGUUCUAUGUGGACAGCCGAACAUCCAGCCCUGUUGGCAGAGCUCUGACUACGCUCGGGUGGUACAGGUGAAACAUAAGCUAAGGGUGGAGAACAUACAGUCAGCCUGUCCCCACUCCUGGCCUUGGCAGGUCAGUCUGCAAACUCAUGGGAGACACUACUGCACUGGGACCCUGAUUCACCGUGACUGGGUGUUGGCAGCCUACCACUGCAACACCAGAGCCAAAACCGAUACUGUGGUGCUUGGGAUAGAUAAUCUGGACAUCACAGAAGUCCAGGAGAUCCCUGUAAAAGCAGUUUACACCCUCCCCCAGAAUGACUACUCCCCUCCCAUCAACGAUGUGGCGUUGAUCCGGCUCCUCAGACCAGCUCGCACUGGAGUGACUGUGGCCCCGGUUUGUUUGCCAAAUGCUGAAAUCGAGCUGAAUGACAGCUGGGAUUGUGCCACUGCAGGUUGGGGGACCACAAGCGUGGCCAUGUACAAGACGCCUGAAGUUUUGCACCAGGCCAGGCUGAGGCUGGUCGAUGACACGGUCUGCCGCAGGAGCUGGGGCGGUGACUUUGAUGAUAAGCGGCACCUGUGUGCAAGUGCAGCUGGAUCGCAGUCCUGCAUGGGGAUCUCCGGCGCCCCCCUGCUUUGCCAGAAAAAUAGUACGUACUAUUUAUUUGGUCUGUUGACAUGGGGCAGCAGACAAUGCGUUGACAGCAGGCCGGCGGUGUAUACGAAGCUGGUGCACUACCACUCAUGGAUUGGGGAGUUCGUAAAAGACCUCUGAGAGAGAGCAUGUCGGACAUUGGGAACUGUGUUCAGCUUCAAUAAACUUUUUUUGUAUUAUGCUGUCAAGCAUGCGCUGUGAUCUCUAUGGUAGCACGACAUUUUGAAUUAAAACAUUUUUUUCAAAGAGGAAAAAGAGGAAUCA